CACCUUGCAGCACAAGCUUUGAAAAGCUGCUCCCGCAUCUGAAUGGAAACUCAGCACCGCCCGGAGGCGCGCUCCUUCUCGCCCAGCCUUGCAAUCUAUGCCGAGGGGAAGGUGGUGCGAGCCUGCGCCAGCGCCCAGCUCCCGGGACGGGGCCGGCGAUGCUGCUGAGCAGAACUUGACCGAGCCUCUUCCUCGCUGCUAGUGGAAGCGAUGCUGCAGGGCACCGCCGGCGCUCCCCCGGCUCUCCUUCAAGCUGAAGGUUACCCUCCCGCGCAGCCAGCCCCAGCCCUGUGAGUGCCCCGCGCUUCGGUCCCCGCUCCGGCUGCUCGGCUGCUCGGCGCAGGGCAACGACUGGGCCGCCCGCGCCGGGGCGCACUGCACCAGAGGCUUCGGCUUGGUGGAUGUGUAUGCAUGAGUUCUGCACCGAAUGGGCGCAAAAAGCGCCCCAGCCGGUCCACCCGCUCCUCGAUCUUUCAGAUCAGCAAGCCCCAGCUGCAGAGCGGGGAGUGGGAACGCAGGGGCAGCGGCUCCGAGAGCGCCAGCAAAACCCACCGAACCCUGGACGACUGCAAGAUGCUUGUCCAAGAGUUCAACACGCAAGUGGCCCUGUACCGAGAGCUGGUCAUUUCCAUUGGGGACGUCUCGGUCAGCUGCCCCUCACUCCGGGCGGAAAUGCACAAGACAAGAACCAAAGGCUGUGAAAUGGCCCGUCAGGCGCACCAAAAACUUGCUGCCAUCUCAGGCCCGGAAGGUGGCGAGAUCCAUCCAGAAAUCUGUCGGCUUUAUAUCCAGCUGCAGUGCUGCUUAGAAAUGUACACAACAGAGAUGCUAAAAUCUGUAUGUCUGCUGGGGUCUCUUCAGUUUCAUCGAAAAGGAAAGGAGCCUGGCGGGGGAACCAAGAGUUUGGAUUGCAGAAUUGAAGAGAGCACUGAACCACCUGCUCUAGAGGACUCCGCUUCACCCGCCGUAGAUACGCAGCAGCAUUCCUGGCAGGUUUCCACAGACAUUGAGAACACUGAAAGAGACAUGCGAGAAAUGAAAAACCUUUUAAGCAAACUCAGGGAAACUAUGCCUUUACCAUUGAAAAAUCAAGAUGACAGCAGUCUUCUAAAUCUAACUUCCUACCCUCUGGUUAGAAGACGGAAGAGAAGGUUCUUUGGGCUAUGUUGUCUCGUCUCAAGCUAGACAAUUCCUCCUGGAAACCCACCCCAGGGGAGACCUGAAAAAAAAACCACAGACGCCGAGGACCUCCAGACAGCUGAACCACAGUUAUUGGUUUCCGACUAUGUUUUCUAUGCUUCCUUAUUACUUUUAUCCGCCACUCUCUACCCUCUUAAAUGAUUUUACAUUUGAAAGUAGCUGCUGUCAACGGGGAAAGAAAAAACACAGAUUCAAAAAGCAGGCUGUUUUUAAAAGGAUUUUUAAAGUCGACAUUGUGCAUGUCUGCUCCAAACCAUACCAUGACAGAUGCAAGAAUUAUGAUUUUUAAAUUAUUUAAAGGUCUUUUAAAAUGGAUUAUACAGAGAAAAAUCAUUUCAUGUAUACUAGUAAACCUAUAACUUUUGCUGAUCUCAUGUUAACAAUUUAUCUUAUGUGGAAGAAGUCUUUAAACAUAGAAAUCCAUUUAAAACUGCAAAACUGUGUUAAAAUCCAAUCUAUCAAUAUCAUUAGAAACAAUAUAAGCAAACACACCACCUCACCUACUGCUUUCUCUGCUUUCAUUUACAUUUGGUCUUCCAUUCCAUCAGAAUCUAAGAGCUUCAACAGAAAAAUAUCUUAAUUUAUAAUGCAGCAAAGACCAUCUAUGAAAAGUGUUUAAAUUUUGUAAAUACACAAUAAUCCUAAUACCUUCGUACAGUGCAUAUGGGCAACUAAUUUCCUUUCAAUCCAAUGGUGUCUUUUUCAGCUUCUUGGAGAAUGAAGUAAUCCAGUUAGGAAAUGGUGUAGUAACAUAUAC